CAUAUCUCUGUGGCACAGUACUGGGGGAGUCUGGAGGGUGCGGAAUCUGGCAGCUAUUAUUUUUAGCUAUCUGCAACUCCUUCCUUCCGACUCCGCAUCCCCCACCAUCCACAAGUAAUUUUCCCUCACUUUCCUUUACUUUUACUCCUCUUCUCUUUACGUGUUUUCGCAUUCUAAUUUAUCCAUGCCCCAUUUGCUAUUGCUAGCUCCCAAAUCCGGUAAUAUCCAUCUAGUUUAAUCCUACGUCCUUUGACACACAUUUUUGUAGCGAUUGCUAUAAGGAGCCAAAUUGGGGAAAUAAGAAGCGACUAGUUGAAUUAGAGAAUCAUGAAACUAACCAUCCAGAAAGACUCGGACAAGAUAAUUUGGGAUCAUAUGAGAAGCCCAUCUGGGAACUCCAUUUCCGGACCUGGUUCGCAGAAUCGAUCCCUGCCUAAGCUCUUGGUAUGGCUGAUCCUAUUCGUUUCCCUCACCUAUGUUGUUUACACUCUCAAGCUGGUUGCAACUUCACGAGCCUGCAAUCACGAGCCUUUCUCUACCCAUUAUCAUCUCUCUUUAAUCUCUAAUCAUUCUCAGCCCUUGAUUCACAACCACACGUCCUCAGACAUUCACCGGAGAGGCAACCAAGAAACCCAUCAACCGACGGAGAUUCAACACAUAGUUUUUGGCAUCGGUGCCUCGGCUAAGCUAUGGGAACAGAGGAAGAAUUAUAUAAGGAUUUGGUUUAAACCUCAGGAAAUGCGAGGCAUUGUGUGGUUAGAUGAUGCCGUCAAGACCCGUGGAAGGGACGGGUUACCUCCGGUUAAAAUCUCCGGCGAUACUUCCCGUUUCGCUUACAAGAAUCGCCAGGGCCAUCGGUCGGCGAUACGGAUCUCGAGGAUUGUGUCCGAAACUCUGCGUCUGGGUCUCGAAAAUGUGCGGUGGUUCGUGAUGGGGGACGAUGACACUGUUUUUAUCACGGAGAAUCUGGUUAGAGUGUUGAGGAAGUAUGAUCAUAACCAGUUUUAUUAUAUCGGAAGUUUAUCGGAGUCCCAUUUGCAAAACAUAUAUUUCUCUUACGGGAUGGCUUACGGCGGCGGUGGAUUUGCCAUAAGCUAUCCUUUAGCUAAAGCGCUCGAUAAAAUGCAAGACAGGUGUAUACAGAGGUAUCCUGGGCUGUACGGAUCCGAUGAUAGAAUGCAUGCUUGUAUGGCUGAACUCGGUGUACCACUCACAAAGGAAACCGGGUUUCACCAGUAUGAUGUGUAUGGGAACCUGUUUGGAUUACUUGCUGCGCACCCUGUUACACCCUUGGUCUCAUUGCAUCACCUUGAUGUGGUUGAGCCCAUUUUCCCUAAUGUCACUCGAGUUCAAGCACUUCAGCGGCUAACGGCGCCUAUGAAGCUGGACUCAGCAGGACUAAUGCAACAAUCCAUCUGCUAUGAUAAAUCUAAGAGCUGGACCAUUUCUGUUUCAUGGGGCUUUGCAGUUCAAGUUUUUCGCGGAGUCUUUUCACCUCGAGAAAUGGAAAUGCCAUCAAGAACAUUUUUGAAUUGGUAUAAAAGAGCAGAUUACAAAGCGUAUGCAUUUAACACUCGACCAGUUAGCCGAAACCCUUGCCAAAAACCCUUUGUGUUUUACAUGUCAAAGGCAAGAUUUGAUCCUUCACUGAAUUUAACAGUGAGUGAGUAUGCCCGGCAUCGUGUCCCUCACCCUGCGUGCAAGUGGAAGAUGGCUGAUCCCACUAAUCUUGAUGUGAUUGUGGUUCAUAAGAAGCCUGACCCUCAUCUGUGGGAGAGAUCUCCAAGAAGAAAUUGUUGCAGAGUGAUGAACUCAAAGAAGAAAGGAAGCAUUACGAUUGAUGUUGGUGUGUGUAGGGAAGGUGAGGUCAGCGAAAUACGCUGAUAAUUGGAACAGUUUUAGGACGGUAGCUUCUGCUUCUUCUUCUUUACUCUCUUAUAAUCUUAGUUCUUUAAUUUAUUUAUCUUAUUGCCAAUUUUGCAAGUGUAUUCCACAGUGGAGACUGACUAAAAAAUUAUUAGGAAGUAAAUAUAUUAAUGUAUAAAAGCCUUAGUUGCAGUUCUGCAUUAGCUUAUAGUUAA